CAGAUGCCCAACAGCAGCUCCAUCAGCCAGUUCCUCCUCCUGGCGUUGGCAGACACGCGGCAGCUGCAGCUCCUGCACUUCUGGCUCUUGCUGGGCAUCUACCUGGCUGCCCUCCUGGGCAACGGCCUCAUCAGCACAGCCGUAGCCUGCCACCACCGCCUGCACACCCCCAUGUACUUCUUCCUGCUCAACCUCGCCCUCCUCGACCUGGGCUGCAUCUCCACCACUCUCCCCAAAGCCAUGGCCAAUGCCCUCUGGGACACCAGGCACAUUUCCUACUCAGGAUGUGCUGCCCAGGUCUUCUUUUUGUUAUUCUUCUUUGGUGCAGAGUAUUGCAUUCUCACCAUCAUGUCCUAUGACCGCUAUGUUGCCAUCUGCAAGCCCCUGCACUACGGGACCUUGAUGGACAGCAGAACUUGUGCCACCAUGGCAGCAGCUGCCUGGGGCUCUGGGGUUCUCUAUUCCCUGCUGCACACUGCUAGUACAUUUUCUAUGUCUUUCUGCCUUAUUAAUGUUGUGGAGCAGUUCUUCUGUGAAAUGGCCCAGAUCCUCCAGCUCUCCUGCUCAGAACCAGACUACCUCAGGGAAACUGGAAUUAUUUAUUUCAGUCUUUGUUUAAUCUUUGGUUGUUUUAUAUUCAUUGUUUUGUCCUAUGUGCAGAUCUUUAGGGCUGUGCUGAGGAUGCCCUCUGAGCAGGGACGGCACAAAGCCUUCUCCACGUGCCUCCCUCACCUGGCUGUGGUCUCCAUCUUUGUCAGCACUGUGAUGUUUGCCUACCUCAAGCCACCCUCCAUCUCCUCCCGGGCCCUGGACCUGGUGGUGUCAUUUCUGUACUCUGUGGUGCCUCCAGUAAUGAACCCCCUCAUCUACAGCAUGAGGAAUCAGGAGCUUAAGGAUGCGCUGAGAAAACAUAGGGUAAUCCUCAGCUAUAUCAGAAAAUAUUAGGACAGUAUUUUGUUAAUAUUUGUCCUUGUUAUUAUUUCUUACAACCUGAAUUUUGAUUUAAAUAUAUUUAUUAUGAGCCUCCUACUUGCUAAUUAGUAAUUUUGUCCCAGUCAUUUCAUGUACCUACAGAAGCAGGCUUCCUCUGUAGAUAACCUCAAUAAACAAGCCAGUAGAAAUU